AUGUUCUGUGUGUCCCUCAUCUCUAGGGUAUCCUCACUAGUGUCCCUCAUCAUAGCCUUGUUCCUCUUGGGGUUCUUGCUAAUAGGCAAUGUUUCUUCGGCACCAGCCUACUCCUCGGUUUACUUGGUCAGCAUGAAAUUCAACACCUCUGCCGACGCCUUUCUGGCCCUUGUGUCGAAAAAUAUCUCGCAAAUCGCCACGAGGUCUAUCACCGCCAAUUACUUGGGUGUGUUUGCUCGCUUAGAAGAAGGAAAAAAAGUGUGUUCAGCUAAAGCCAAUUCCACCAACUUAAGCAACUUUUUGUCUGUCGAUAUCCAAGGAGCCACUUUGGAUCUUGCAUCGAUCUCCCAAACAUUCUCUGAUGCCUGUAGCCCCCGCUUGCUUGUUGCCAGUCUCAUUUUGGUGGUGCUUCUUCUUGUCACCGUGCUCUGGUGCGCUAUCCCCAUGUUGCCAUUGAAGCCGAUCAUGCGGAAAAUUUCCACUGGCUUGUGUUUGGUGACAAUUCUCAUCUGGGGCCUUGGGCUGAUGCUCCAGCACCAAACGGUGGCAGCAGCGUUGAAGCUCGUGGAGGCCAGUUCCAUGGGGAUGGUGCUUGCUAGUAAAGGAACACGAGCAGAGGCAAUGACGUGGACGGCGUUUGCGUUUUUGUUGGUGGUGCUUGGUUUAUUGGCGAAGCAGGUGCAUCAGGAUGUAAAAGGGGAAGGACCAAAGGAAAAGGAGCCAGAACCGGUAUAUCCAGUUCAACAGGGGCGGUACUACUACGAGCCUAAGAAGUACGGGCUCCCCAUGAAGUAUACCGAGCAGCUCGACAUCUUUGUCCAGCGCCUCAAGGACUGCGGUCUGGACUACAAGGAGGCCCAGCUGGUCCUCCUGGAGCUUUUGGAUAUGAUAGAGGCCUUUAAUGGAGCAGCCGAGUACGAGUACUUUUUGAAGAAUAUGGUGCCUAUUUUCCUCAAGUUUCUUGAUGAGGUGCCCAUUGCGUUUGAUUCCAGUAGCCCCGAGCACAAGCUCCGCAACCUGGUACUAGAGAUUAUCCACAGAUCGAUCAUGACAGACACUUUCCAGCCUUUCUCGAAGCUGAUAUUGGAGACGCUCACACGGUGCCUCGAAAACGAGAACGAAGACAAUGGUGUCUUGUGUAUGAAGAUCAUCACAAGUCUACACAAGGCGUACAAAACCACGUUGGCGGAUAGCGUGGAGCCCUUUGUGGAGAUUAUAGGCAAAGUGUACGACAAUAUGGAGGAGACGGUGAAGGAAGUAUUUUCCGAAAGCGAGAAUUCCUCUUCGCAGAAUGACGAGAACGAUUUGGCAAAGGAGAUGUCACCUCUGGCGACUUUGGGGGACGAAAACCCCAAGCCUUUGCGUAAAGCCAUGCACUCAUUCAAGACGUUGGCAGAAUGCCCCAUCACCAUGGUCUCGCUUUUUUCCUCUUACAACACAUUGAUUCAAUCGUCACUCCCGCUGUUUUUACCGAAGAUUAUCAACAUUUUGUUGCUAGAAGUCGGACAACAGAAGUCUUUUCGUGAAGAACACCUCAAGGAAUCCCCUACUGUGACGGCGAUUCUGCCACAAAUCACAAAUAGACAAGCAUACUCCGAAUAUGUCCUUGGCCAGGUUAAAGCAGCCUCGUUUCUUGCGUAUGUGUUUAUACGAGGAUACGCCAAUCAAUACCUUGCUCAAAGCCAAGCCAAAGUCGUACCCGAUGUUAUUCUCAGGCUUCUACAAGACUGUCCCGCCGAGCUUUCAGUGGCUAGAAAAGAACUUCUUCAUGCCACUCGCCAUAUAUUGUCGACAUCCUUUCGUACACAGUUUAUUCCGAAGAUUGAGCUUUUGUUCGACGAAAAGGUCCUCAUUGGUCAUGGAUUGACCUCUUUCGAGACCCUUCGCCCCUUGGCUUACUCCACAGUGGCGGAUUUUAUUCAUAAUGUGCGUAACGAAUUGACUCCAAAACAAAUAUGGUCCACUGUUCAGAUCUACUGUGAUCUUUUGAAAGAUGAUUCGUUGGCAUUGACUGUCCAAAUUAUGAGUGCCAAACUUCUUCUCAAUUUGGUCGAGCGUAUCAUGAAACUACCUAACAAGCUCGAAGGUAGACAGCUUUUUAUGAUUAUUAUAGACUCCUAUGCGAAGCGUUUCCACAGCCUCAAUAACAAAUACGCUUUCAUCAUCAGGCGUCACAACAAAUACGAGGAGAGAAGAAAGCUCAAGGAAGUGGAGACAAAAAAAGCUGUAGAGAGAUAUUGUUCAAAGAAGUCACAAGUCGACAACGAAACCUCCAACGGUGAGUCAGACGACAGCAAUAAUACAGAGAAAGCCGCAGAACAGGACGAUAACAAAAUGGAUAUUGAUGAGUCGGAAAAGAGUACAAAACAAGAGGAGGAGUUGGCUGAUAUGUUUAGUGUUGAGGAGCUCUCCCCGAUUUGUAUCACAUCUCCCAACCAUAGUUCAGACCUUUUAAAGGAUGCUCGUUAUUUGUUUAGAACACUCAUGACGUUCCUUAAGUCAGUCAUCUUUGGCCUUAAGAACUGCAACCCUCCAGUGCCACCUCAGCCUACCCAACAAGACCCAAGCAAGCCUGGUCAAGUCGUUAAUUACGAUAAAUGGAAUGAGUCUGCUAAAUUGACUUCAAACGAGGAGAUCAAUAUUCUCAGAAGCUUAUUUCGUGGAGGUAUUAGCUGCCUCAGGUUCUUCUCUGUCACGAAGCCAAAGACUACUCAUCAGCCUCAAGCCUUCGAUUUUUCCACUGGUGGACCAAACCUCCCUAUUACUUCAUCCAAGGAGGAGAAGGACUUGAUGGAAAUUUUUGCCACAAUCUUCAUUCACGUUGAUCCGGCAUCAUUCAAUGAGAUUGUGAGUGCAGAAUUGCCUUUCAUGUUCGAUUCCAUGCUUCAAAACGCAGCUUUGCUUCACCUUCCUCAAUUCUUCCUUUGCAGUGAGAUCACAUCUGCCAACUUCUCUGGUAUUCUAAUAUCUUUUCUUCGAUCAAAGUUGGACCAGCUCAACAAAGUUGACUAUGUCAAAUCAAAUAUUCUCAUCCGCUUAUUCAAGCUUUGCUUUAUGUCCGUCAACCUACAUCCAAAUGCCAAUGAAAGUGUGAUUCUUCCGCACUUGAAUUAUUUGAUUCUUGAGUCUCUUCGAUUGGCAACAGAGACAGACGAGCCUAUAUUAUAUUCUUACUUAAUAAGGACAUUAUUCCGAAGCAUAAAUGGUGGACGUUUUGAGAACUUGUACAAAGAAAUCAUACCAAUAUUGCCUGUCUUACUCGAGAACCUCAAUAAGUUGAUUGUCAAUUCAAGAAGGCCAUUCGAGAGAGAUAUAUACGUCGAAUUAUGUCUCAGUGUUCCGGUGAGACUUUCUGUCUUGGUACCUCACAUUAAUUACUUGACCACGCCUUUGGUGUACGCCUUGAACGGUAAUCAAGAACUUAUUGGCUCAGGGUUGAGGACGUUCGAACUUUUCGUUGAUAACCUCACUGCAGAGUACUUCGACCCCAUGAUUGCUCCUGUAAUCGAUGAUAUCAUGGCAGCGUUAUGGAAACACCUCGAGCCCGUUCCUUACCAUCAUCAACAUUCUCACACAGCUAUUCGUAUUCUCGGUAAGCUUGGUGGAAGAAAUCACAAACACAUGAAACCUUGCAAUAAUUUGAAGCCACAGUCUGAUGUUGAUCAGGAAGUCAAGGCAUUAUUUACAGUUCAUGGUUUCAACGGGAAAGUACCGGUUUCUGUGACUCCUGGUGUUGAGCUGGCAAUCAAGUUGCUAGAGGAUCCUAGGCUCAAAGUGCAUUACAGAAUCAGUGCUUUUAGGUACCUUUCAAGCAUUCUCAAACUAUUCAUUGAUUCCACCCCAAUUCCUAGUGACUAUAGGGGAUAUAUCCAAGAGCUGGUUGAACUCUUAAAGCAAGAUGAACUAAAUGAUUUUCCAGAAUUGGAUCCUUCUGAUAUCAAAGACAGUGCCAAAUUAAGCCGACAACAACAGUUAUUCGGGAGACUUCUCGAAAUUUUGUUCUUCUCACUUUCAGUCAAGGAUCUCAGGGAAGAGGCCAGUGAUUUGAUUGACAAUAUUACCACGCACUUCUCGCUCAUUCAUCUUGGAAGCUCUCUCAUUGGGAAAAUUAAGAAAGACAGACCCUUUUCAGUCAAUGAUCAGGAGAGCACAGCGUACAUCAGUGAAACUGUAUUUUUCAAUGCUUUGAACUACGCGUUGAGCUUUUGGGACAAAGACGUGCGAGAAAAAGGAAUUGAUAUUAUCAAGAAGCUUUACAGCAUUACCGUUACGAUAUUUGGUUCAGACGAAGAUGCUCUUCAUUCACCGUUGUUUAGAACUAUGUUUUACAAAUUCACUCACUGCUGCUACAGUGAGUUCUACUACAGCAAAUUAGGUGGAGUGUUGGGCUUGAAGACAAUGUUUGAGGAUCUUUCCAUACCCCCCAGAUGGUUUUUCAAACGCCAAUUCGAGCUUAUCAGAUCCCUUUUCUUCAUUUUGAGAGAUACACCGGAGACGGCGCCUCAUGAAGUAAGGCAAUUGGCUAAGGAGCUUGUCUUAAAGGUAUUGAAAGAUUGUAAUGCCGACUUAACCAAGGAGACAAUAUUGGAAAAGCCCUUCCAGACCUUGGUUGGCGCGUUGGUUUACGAUCUUGCUAGUGCUAUUCCUAUUGUGAGAGAAGUGUCUCAAGAGUCACUUAAGGUUUUGUCGGAAGUGACAAGCGUUCCUAUUGCCACAAUUAUGGGACCUUGCAAACAUCUCUUGCUCACGCCAAUUUUUGGCAAGCCCUUACGUGCACUUCCUUUCCCAAUGCAAAUCGGAAAUAUUGAUGCAAUCACGUUUUGCUUGGAUUUGGACAAUACUUUCUUGACUUUUAAUGACGAGCUCAACAGAUUACUUUUGGAGGCAUUAGCUUUGGUCGAUGCAGAAGAUGAGAGUCUAGCAAACGUUCACCGUCUUUAUGAACACAGAACAUCUAAACAGUUGGUUGAACUUCGGGUUGUGUGCAUCAAAUUACUUUCUUUGGCGUUGACAAAACCGGGAUUUUCCUUAGGAUCUUUGUCAGAAGCAAGAAUCAGAAUUCUCGGCGUUUUUUUCAAAGCACUUUGCAACAAGUCCACCGAAAUCAUCAACGCUGCUCACCUUGGUCUCAAGGCUAGUUUGGACGAAAGUGCCAAGUUACCAAAGGAGUUGUUACAAAAUGGCCUUAGGCCAAUGCUUAUGAACUUAUCAGACCACAAAAAGUUGACAGUCUCUGGCCUUGAAGCAUUGGCAAGGUUACUCGAGCUCUUGAUUUCAUAUUUCCGUGUUGAGAUCGGUAGGAAAUUACUUGAUCAUCUUAUGGCUUGGGCACAGAUAAACACAUUGCGCCAGAUUGCAGGACAAGAUUUAAGGAACAAUCACACAGUUCAAAUUGUCAUGGCUAUCCUCAACAUAUUUCAUCUCUUGCCAGCUAAGGCUUAUGGAUUUAUGGAGGAGAUCAUAAACACGUUGCAGUACUUGGAAGGGCAUUUGGACCGUCACCAAGACUCGCCAUUCAGAAUACCUGUACUCAAGUUUUUGAACAGAUUUGCUGAUAACUGUUUGGAAUACUACUUGAAUAAUUUCAAAAAUAGGAAGCUUGGUAAUAUGUUGGCUUAUUUUGCCGGUUGCAAGGAUGGACCAAAGAUACGUGAGGUUGCUCGCACUAAGAUGGAUGGCAUUAUUGAAGACCUCAAGUCUGAAUCUUCCGAAGAGAUUAAGGUCGUCAAGUUCGCAAACACCGUUGAUCUUGUUGCUGCAAUUGCAAAAUUCGACAAAGAUUGGUUCAAAGAGCAGGCCCCUUUGUUGGAUACCUUGUCUUCGUUGAUGGAAGAUGUCGUCAAGGAAAAGGGCCAGCUACCUCUUGUGUCAAGUAAUCAUUUCCAGGCAGACCAAGCAAUUGCGAAAUUGCAAUCAACCAUUGUCGAGUUCAUGCACCUUAAACCGGAGGAAAACAAAUUGGUAUUCUACACCGUCAAUCGACUUUGUAACUCAGAGCUUAAGGUUCAUGAAGAAUUGGAAACCUUUUUGUUCGAUGCUGUCGUCAGAUCGGAGGAUGUGCAACAUAAGAAGACAUACUUGUUAAGAUGCAUUGAAUUCUUGGCAGAGAAUGUCAAUUUGAAGGCGAAGAUCUUCUUCUUGAAGAAGGUGUUUGACUGCACCUUGCUUUAUGAAAUUAGCAAAGCUGGCAACGCUGAUGAGUUAUUUGAUGAGAAGACUGAAUGGCUCGAAAAGAUCAAUGAGGUGGUUUGGAAGUCUACUCACGAUAUCACGACGGAUAGUACUUCAGGUAAGAUUGAUAGCUACAGGUUUGCUCUUCUUGAAAGCACUUCCAUAUUGCUAAAAUGGGCUCCAGACAAGCUCAAUCAAUAUAGGAAGGAUGUCAUCAAGUUUAGUUGGAAUUACAUCAAGCUUGAAGACAGCAUCACCAAGCAGGUAGCUUACGUCACGACAGCAUACUUCAUUGCUGCGUACGAUACACCAUCUAAAUUGGCUACCCAAGUCUUCGUUGCAUUGUUGAGAGCACACCAAAAUGAUUCAAGGCACCUAGUGAGACAAGCACUUGAUAUUCUUGCCCCAGUGAUGUCCGUGCGUGUUGUUGACGAUGAUCAUCCAAAUACUUGGCUUAAAUGGCCUCGUCGUGUCCUCUCAGAAGACGGCUUCAAUGUCACCCAGGUAUUGAAUGUGUACCAGUUCAUUGUUCAACAUCCUGAUUUGUUCUUUGUUGCUAGAGAGCACUUCAUAUCAAACAUCAUCACUGCAAUGGGCAAGUUGACUAUUUUAGCGAAUGCCGCCUUGGAAAAUCAAGUUCUUGCGAUCGAUUUGGCAGAGCUCAUUUUGAGUUGGGAGCACAAGGCGGAUGAAUUGAAGCAACAAAAGAAAAUUUCUGAUGGACUGGAAAUGGAAACAGACGAUCACAACAGUGAUGAUAAUUCUUCUGAUUUUACGACAUCUCCUGGCUACCAAAUCCCAUUCGGACAAAGAGAAGCUUGUGUCACCUUCUUGAUCAGAUAUGUUUGCAUAAGUCCCCAGAGAGCUUCCGAGAGCGAACUUGGCCAAAGAGCAUUGGGCAUCCUUUAUGACCUCUUAAGUCCAAACCACUGGCCUGAGGUCUCAGUAAAAACCACGUUCUUUGAGAAGUUUCUACUUUCGAAUGAUCUCAAUUCAUCAAAUCUUUUAGGCUAUUGUUUGAACGCAUUGGAAGUUUUGGGUGUGGUUUUAGAGUGGAAAAAGCCUGAUUGGAUAGUUUCGAAUCUUGGUUAUUUGCACAAGUUGCUUGAGAAGUGCAUCAAGUCAGAUAAUCACGACAUACAAGAGGUUCUACAGAGAGUUUUACGGAUCAUCCUCCAAGCUAUCAAUUCUGAAGUUACGACUGAACCAUCUGAGGACGAGGAUUCUGAAGUCAAAACCUUCAUCAAUGACUUGAUCACAACAGUCUCUGAUGAUUUGGGUGAUACUACAUCUCUCGCCGCUGGUGUCACCUUGUCAUGGACCUUGGCUAAUUACAAACCUUCGACACUCGACUCGUUGUUGCCAGGUAUCAUGAGAACAUUCAACAAGCUUUGCAAAGACCACAUCACAAUUACUCAUCAGGGUGCGCAAUCAUCUUCAAAAGACGCGAACAAUUCUGCUGAUGAAGCGAAGAUGACGACGAAGUUGUUGGACAAGAUUUUGAAUUUAUGUUCCAUGCGUAUAUCAAAUUUGGGUGAUCAAAGGCGUAUUUUUUUGUCAUUGUUGGCUCAGCUCAUUGAAAGAUCGUUGGAUAAGAAUACCCUCGAGAAGAUCAUUAAGAUAGUCAAAUCGUGGGUGUUUUCAAGAACUGAUUUGUUUCCUACAACAAAGGAAAAAGCAGCAAUCUUGGCGAAGAUGAUGGUUUUCGAGAUUCGUGGUGAACCUGUGCUCUCCAAGGAAUUUUACCAGAUUAUCGUUGAUAUUUUUGAGGACGAUACAUUUAGUUGCACAGAGUUGACCGUUCGCAUGGAGCAACCAUUCUUGGUGGGUACUCGGUCGUCAGAGGUCUCGAUUCGUCGUAAACUAAUGUCCAUCCUAAACAACAGUUUGGAGAAAGACAUUGAUAAGAGACUUUACUACGUCAUUCGUGAGCAGAAUUGGGAGUACCUUGCAGAUUACCCAUGGCUCAACCAAGCAUUACAAUUAUUGUUUGGUGCCUUCGAUUUUGAUGAUAAACUCCAGCUAGUUUCCGAGGAGAACAAGCUUCCUCCAUUGACUGCUUUCCCUUACAAAGAAAGAGAUAUGGAAAUGGACGGCAGUGAUGCACUAGAUGUAUUGUUCAAGAAACAUAACAAAUUUUUGGAAGAUGUUUCUGAGAUUAGAUCGGGUGCACUUCUUGAGCCUUUGAUCGAUCUAUUUUACCAGAGCAACGAGACUGUUCAUCGUGUUUGGUCUACAAUAUUCCCCAUCGCGUUCCUGUCAAUUCCACGCUCUGACCACUUGGACUUCACAAGGUCCUUAGUUAUCUUGUUAUCCAAGGAUUACCAUACUCGCCAGGUUGAUGUUAGGCCAAAUGUCAUUCAAUCCUUGCUUGAGGGUGUUGCGAGAUGUGAGUCUUUACAACUUCCACCUUUUGCUGUUGAAUGUCUUGCCUCAAAUUUCAAUGCCUGGUCUCAGGGUAUUCAUAUUCUUGAAAAUAUCGAGCAUCAAUCGGUGAAUGGAAACGCAGAGGUGCGCGAAGUUACUCAGGAUGCACUUGCUAAACUUUACUCCACACUCAAGGAAGAUGAUAUGUUUUACGGUUUGUGGAGAAGAAGAGCGAAGUAUUCCGAAACUAUUUCAGCCUUGUCGUACGAGCAGAUUGGAUUAUGGGAUAAGGCACAGCAGCUUUACGAAACAGCUCAGAUUAGAGCACGCAGUGGCGCUUUGCCGUACGGUCAAUCAGAAUAUUCCCUUUGGGAGGAUCACUGGAUCUUGUGUGCCGAAAAGUUGCAGCAUUGGGAUAUCCUCACAGAGCUUGCUAAACAUGAAGGAUUUAGUGAUCUACUCCUUGAGUGUGGCUGGAGAGUUGCUGAUUGGAACGCUGAUAGAGAUACCUUGGAGCUGACGGUGAAAAGUGUCAUGGAUGUGCCAACACCUAGGCGGCAGGUGUUUGAGACGUUCCUUUGCUUACAAGGUUAUGGUCAAGAGAAAGCAACGUUACCCGAGCUUUCCAAGUUGUGCGAUGAGGGCAUUCAGUUGGCUUUAAGAAAAUGGCACGGUUUGCCACCAAGGUUCAUGGCCGCCCAUAUUCCACUUCUCCAUACGUUCCAGCAGUAUGUCGAGUUCAUGGAGGCUAGUCAGGUAUACUCUAGUCUCGUUUCCACCAACGCUCAGAACCUAGAUGUGAAAUCACAAGAGCUCAAAAGAGUUUUGCAGGUGUGGAGAGAGAGAUUACCAAACAUUUGGGACGAUAUCAACAUUUGGAAUGACUUGGUCACAUGGCGUCAACAUGCUUUCCAGGUCAUUAAUAAGGUCUAUAUGCCCUUCAUCCCAAUUCUUCAACAAAACAACUCCGAUGGUAAUGCGAACUCCUAUGCUUACAGAGGAUUUCACGAGAUUGCCUGGGUCAUCAACCGAUUUGCACAUGUUGCAAGAAAACACAACAUGUCUGAGGUGUGCAUCAAUCAGUUGACGAAGAUAUACCAGCUUCCAAAUAUUGAAAUCCAAGAAGCUUUCUUGAAGUUGAAGGAGCAGGUCAAAUGCCACUAUCAGAACUCCAAUGAGCUCAACACUGGUCUUGAUGUAAUUAGAAACACCAAUUUGGUCUACUUCGCUACUCAGCAAAAGGCUGAGUUCUUUACAUUGAAAGGAAUGUUCUUGAGCAAGCUCAACCAUAAGGAUGAAGCAAAUAAGGCUUUUGCGACUUCCGUGCAAAUUGAUCUCAACUUGCCUAAGGCUUGGUCAGAAUGGGGAGUAUUCAACGACAAGAGGUUCAAGGAAAAUCCGACUGAUCUCGUUUACGCAAACAAUGCCAUCAGCUGUUACUUGCAAGCCGCCGGCCUUUACAAGAAUGGGAAGACGAGAAAACUAUUGGCCAGAAUUCUCUGGCUCAUCAGCUUGGAUGAUAGCUCUGGCACCCUCGCCCAGGCAUUCGAAAACUUUAGAGGUGAAGUUCCCGUGUGGUACUGGAUCACUUUUAUUCCACAGCUCUUGUCAUCAUUGUCAUACAAAGAAGCCAAGUUGGUUCGCCAGAUUCUUAUUCGUAUUGCAAAGAGCUUCCCACAAGCAUUGCACUUCCAACUCAGAACAACAAAGGAAGACUUUGCUGCCAAGCAGCGUCAAUACAUUGAAAUGCACCGACAGAAGAGUGCAACAGCUGCAUCUCCAUCCAAUGCCACGGGAGAUGGUACACCGGACGAGAAAGAUAAGCAAGGAGAAGAGAAGAAGAUCGAUGAAGUCAACAAGGAUGAUAAGAAAGAACAAAAAGCCGAUAACGAGUCGGAAAAGAAUGGUGUUAAGGACUCCAAACAAGAUGAUGCUAUGGAAGAGGAUGGGAAGACAGACGAUCAAGCUUCGCCUAAACAGAAGAAUGGUGCCACCCCAGAUCCCUCUUCAGCAAAGCUCCCACCAGCUGCUAGUGCGAUUAGACGCUCUUGGGAAUAUGUUGAGGAAAUAAUGGGUAUUUUGAAGACUGCUUAUCCUCUUUUGGCUCUCUCCUUGGAGUCGCUUGUUGACCAAAUCAACCAGCGCUUCAAGUGUACCGCUGAUGAAGAUGCAUACAGACUUGGAGUUGCUUUGCUCAAUGAUGGCGUUCAGUACUUGAAUCGUCUUGGAAACCCAAGAGAGGACGCCAAGUUACCGCCAGUGACUGAAGUGAAUAUAACUCGCUUCGCAGAGACGGUACUCCCUAAACAGAUUCGUGCUGAAUUUGAAAAGGAUUUGGUUAUUGGAAAGCCCAACUUGGAAACCUAUAUCAUCAAGUUGAGGAAGUGGAGGGACCGUUUGGAAGAUAAAUUGGACAGAAGGUUUACGGAGGUAAAUCUUGAGAACUUGUGCCCUCACUUGAGUGAAUUUCAUCAUCAAAAGUUUGAGGAUAUUGAAAUCCCUGGUCAGUAUUUGUUGAACAAGGACAACAACAGCCAUUUUGUCAAGAUCGAGAGAUUCUUGCCGACGAUCGACUUGGCUCGUGGAACAAACGCCUGCUACAAGAGAUUGAAGAUUCGUGGUCAUGAUGGUAGUCUCCAUGCGUUUGCUGUUCAAUUCCCUGCUGCAAGACACUGCCGUCGGGAGGAAUGCUUGUUUCAACUUUUCAGAAUAUUCGAUGAUUCAUUAUCGAAGAAGGUCGAGACGAGACGUCGUAACAUCCUGUUCACUCUCCCGAUUGCUGUGCCCCUCUCGCCUCAUAUUCGUAUCAUCAACGACGACUCGAGAGAUGUUAGCAUGCAAAAGAUUUACGAAGAUUUCUGUUUCAAGGAGGGUAAGAACCGUGAUGAGCCAUUCAUUUACACGAUCGAGAAGUUGCGUGCUGCUUUCGACCCUAGAUUGCCCAAGCCUGAUAUCAUGAGUAUCCGCGUCGAGAUCUUGAGCGCCAUUCAGACUCUUUUGGUGCCAUCUACAGUGAUGAAGAACUACUUCCUCGACCUUUAUCCAAACUUUGAGGACUUCUGGUUGUUCAGAAAGCAGUUUACAUCACAGUACGCAUCCUUCAUAUUCACGACCUACAUGAUGUGUGUGAACACUAGACAACCACAGAAGAUCCACGUCAACCGUGGUUCUGGCAGUGUGUGGACAUCAGACAUGUUGCCAUGCAAGAUUGCCAGCAAGAACGCCUCGCUUGAUACCUCUAACGGCAGUCGUCCAGCGCCAUUGUUCUACAAUGCCGAGAUGGUACCAUUCAGAUUGACCCCUAACAUCCAGAAGUUGAUUGGCAAAUCUGGACUUGAGGGUAUUCUUUCAGUUUACGUUCUUGUUAUUGCCAGAGCUCUUACUGAGCCAAAGUCAGAUUUGGAUCAAUACUUGACGUUGUUCGUUCGUGAUGAAGUGAUCUCCUGGUGCACUCAACAAGAUCCACCAAAACCUGUUCCACAAGACCAACAACUUCGCGAGAUUGUAAUGCUUAACGUCGAGCUUAUCAUUAAGCGUGUGAUGUCCAUGGCCCACGGCUCGUCUGCUUCAAAUGUCAGCACACAGAGCGUGUUGGAACUCAUUGCCCAAGCUGUCAAUCCACAUAACUUGGCUGCCGCCGAUACCUUGUGGAUGGCUUACUUCUGA